UAAGAAAGAGUCGUUUGAAAAUACCUUAAAAGAUAAAUAUGUUAAAAAAUUUGAUUAUAAAACAUUUGAAAAUAUUACACGAAUCGCAAGUGGAGCAUUUGGUACGGUUUAUCGUGCUAAUUCAUUAAAUUUAGGAAAACACGUUGCAUUAAAAUGUUUGCAUGAAAAUGACGAGAAACUUUAUGAAAAAUUUGAGAAAGAGUUAACAAAUAUCUUAACUGUAAAUAACCAUGAAAAUAUUAUUAACUUUCAUGGAAUCAGUAUAGAUCCUUCUACGGAGACGCAUUACCUAAUAUUGCAAUAUGCCAAAGAUGGUGACCUGAGGACUUAUUUACAAAAUAAUUUUAGUAGACUUGGUUGGAAAAUUAAAAUCAAUAUGGCUAAAGAUAUUACAAGUGGUCUAAGCUAUAUUCACGCAAAAAAUAUAGUUCAUAAAGAUUUACAUUCAAAGAACAUUUUAGUUCACGAAGGAAGGCUAUUGAUAACAGAUUUAGGAUUAUCUCGACCAUUAGAUUCCAAUUCAAGUUCUAUAGGUGGUGGAAUGGUUGCAUAUGCAGAUCCCGAAUAUUUAAGAAAUCAAAUAAAUUCUAUAAAAUAUAAAAGAGAUAAAACUUCAGAUAUAUAUAGUUUGGGAGUUAUUUUUUGGGAGUUGUCAAGUGGAAGACCAUUUAAUAAUAUCUCAAAUUUAGGAAUACCUAAUUUGGUUAUUUCCGGUAAAAGAGAAAAACCUAUUAACGGAACACCAAAAGAUUUUAUCAACAUAUAUUCAAGUGCAUGGAAAGAUGAUCCAAAGCAAAGACCAACCAUAGAAAAUAUUUUUGAUUCUCUUGAAAAUGUUCAAUUCGAAAACAUAUAUAAUAAUUCUAACGAAAAUAAUAAACAUAUCCAAAUGGAAGGUUGUGAUAACAAUCAAUUAAAUAAAUUUAAACCUAUGGAAUCUUACAGUAGAGAUUCUAUGUCGAUAAUGUCAAUUGAAUCAAAUAAUAAAAUUUCUUUCGGAACUUCAAUUAGCCUAGAAAAUUUAGAAAUUGCAGUUCUAGGAAAUCCUGGAGAAUCAUCACCUCUUUCUCUUAAUUCUUAUGACCAAGAAUGGCUCAAUAAGGAACUUAAAAAAUAUGGAUAUAAUGUUUUUGAAAAUAUUGAAGAAAUUGAUGAAAGCAUUCACAAUGCCACAUUAUUGAAUGGUAAAAUGAAAGUGACUUUAAAAUCUAUCGUUGUUAAUUCUAUGGAAUUAUUUGUUAAUGAGUUUAAAAAACAUUUAAAUGUUAAUCAAUCAUUAGUUACUACUGAUCCAUUAUUUUCUCAAUAUUCUCGAUCCACAAAUAUCUACAAUUCUUCCACCACCACCAACAAUAAUGAUGAAAAAACAAGAGAAGAAAUACAAUUAAUAAAACUUGCCAAUUUUAUAGGAUCUACAGAUUAUACCGUUCCUCUUGAACCCAUAAUGAGACGUACAUUAACGCCUCAACAAAAAUAUUUCUUGACAUUACCACAUGAUCCUCGUAUAAAUUUUAUUCCUUGUUUACAUUUACGUUCAAGAAUGAUUCAAUUUCAAGAAUUUUAUGAUUUAUAUGAACUUAUUGAUUUAUUACUUACUAAAGCUAAGUGUCACGGGGAUCCAAUUGAUCCCGAUUCAUGGGAAUGUCCGCAAGAAUUCCUUGAUCGAUAUCCAUAUUUGGUGAUUCAGCAUUGUAGUAUAAAAACCGCUUUAUAUCAAAAUAUGGAAAAUUACCAUCAAAUUUUAGUGAAUAUCAAUUUGACGAAAUAG